GAUCGCGCACACUUGCCCUUUCGUCAUCGGUCGUCGUCGUCCGCCUCACUGUGCCCACAAGCGUCGGGUGUGCAUGUUGUGUGAGUGUGUAGAGCGUUACAGCCAGUUGGCAGCAGCAAGUAAAAGAAAAUACGGGAAGCGAGCGAAAGCAAACGUUUUGGUCGCAGAGAGAAAAAAAAAUAUUAAAAAGCCUUGCUGCCCAACACCCUCCCCCCCCACUCUGUACAUGUGUUUUUCACCGUUUGUAGUGCGAUUUUUAUCGAUGUUCGUCGCGUCCCCCGUGUGUCGGUGAAUCGCGCGCGCGUGUUCUGUGAAAACGGCUGAGAGAGCGCGGCGACAGAGCAGGCGAGCAAGAGCCCUCCUUCACAUCCGACGUCCAUCAAACGGCUCCGGUGUUCUCUCUUUCUCUCUAUGUGUGUGUGUGUGUGUGUGUGUGUGUUGAAGGAAGUGUUUCAAAUGUUUGCUUAAGUGUGCCGCCGCGCCGCAAGUGUAUUCAGUUCAGCUGCCUCGAGUGUACAGAUAUUUUUUUCCGGCAAUAGUAGUAGUAGUAUUGGUUCUUUUGUUUUAUUUUUGUUUCGUUGUAAAUUGCUGCUCUGCUCGUAAGUGAUCUAUUUCGCGCAUCUCACUGUCGGUGGCGUACGUUCGUGUGCCUGUGUGUGUGUGUAUAUGGUUUAGCGAGAUAAGGUUAGAAAUUGAGAGAGAGAGAGAGAGAUAGAGUGAGAGCGAGCGAGUGGGAGAGAAGUAGAGAGGCACAACGUGUGUGUUAUCAGCGGCUUCUGCUCCAUCGGCGACGCACGGCGCUGGUGGUUUACACAUUUCCACGAAUCCACGACGCACGGACGAUUGCAGCGCCCGAACGCACACCGAAGCAGUGCGCGCGUGCGUUCGUGCGCUUGUGUGCGCAUCCAUACCGCUGUGAUCGUUAUUGUAGUUGUUGUUGCGCCCAGUCGUGCUUCAUUAGAGCGGGACCGUUUUGGCGUGCCGGUAAUUAAAGCGAAUCAGACGGAAAGCUCUCAGAACCAAACGGUUGUUCGAAUCGAUCGCCGCAGCCACACGCAGCGACACGCUCACUCACCACCACCGCCUGCUUGGUGUGGCGUUGGUGUUGUCCGCUCUCCAACCUCCCCCCCCCCCCCCCCAUUUUGCGGUGAGUGCUUGGGCGCGAAGGUCGUGCUGUUUUUUGGCGGGGCGGUGUGCAAUAAGUAAGGGAAGGAAGCGUACGUAAAAAGAGCAAGAAGAAGCAAAAACAACCCCAACGGCCGGCAAGAUGUCACUGUGGGCCCGGGUGAACCAACUGCCGCAGCCGAUCCUGGAGCAGAUACGCUUCAUCUACGGCAGCAACUUCCCGAUCGAGGUGCGGCACUACCUGGCAGACUGGAUCGAGGAACGAUUGCUCAACGCGCCGGUGUACACGAACGACCAGGAGGCGGUGUACGAGCAGGAUGCGGCCAACUUUCUCAACCAGCUCAUCAUGGAGCUGGAGCGGACGGCGAUCAACCUGCCGGAGAGCAACUUCACGAUCAAGAUACGGCUGAACGAGUCGGCCCGGAACUUCCGCCAGCUGUUCUCGCACAAUCCGGCCCAGCUGUACCAGCACCUGAUGAACUGUCUGCACCGGGAGCGCCAGUGCGUCGCCUACCCGGACGAGUGCGUGAACGUGCAGGACCCGGAGGUGACGGAGGUGUUCAACGCGGUCCAGCAGCUGCAGAUCAUGGUGCGCACGAACGAGAACGACAACCGGAACCUGAUGAAGGAGUACGAGCAUCUGCUGCUGGAGGUGCACGAGCUGCAGAAAAACCGGGCCCAGCUGGAGACGAUCGAGAACGCGGAGAUGCGGGCGCACGCGCACAACCAGCUCGCCCAGCACCAGAAGAUGGUGAACGACCGGCUGCAGCUGUGCACCGGGAAGCGGCUCGCGCUGGUCGACGGCUUCCGCAAGACGAUCCUCAUCACGGACGAGGUGCAGAACAAGGUGCUGAACAAGUAUCUGUCGCAGUGGAAGAUUAACCAGGGCUUUGCCGGCAACGGGGCGUCGAUGAUGAGCGCCAGCAACCUCGACACGAUACAGGCGUGGUGCGAAAGCCUGGCCGAGAUCAUCUGGAGCACCAAGGACCAGAUCCGGCUGGCGAUCAAGAACAAGUCGAAGCUGCACGUCGAGCAGGAGGACGUGCCGGACCUGCUGCCGCAGGCGAUGGUCGACGUGACCAACCUGCUGAAGAUGCUGAUUACCAACACGUUCAUCAUCGAGAAGCAGCCGCCGCAGGUGAUGAAGACGAACACGCGGUUCGCCGCGACGGUCCGGCUGCUCGUCGGCAACACGCUCAACAUCAAGAUGGUCAACCCGCAGGUGAAGGUGUCCAUCAUUUCCGAGGCACAGGCACAGCAGACGCAACAGACCAACAAAGCUUCCGAGCAGUCGUGCGGCGAAAUCAUGAACAACAUCGGCAAUCUGGAGUACAACGAAACGACCAAGCAGCUGUCGGUGAGCUUCAGAAACAUGCAGUUGAAGAAGAUCAAGCGCGCAGAGAAGAAGGGCACCGAGUGUGUGAUGGAUGAAAAGUUUGCGCUCCUGUUUCAGUCCAGCUUUGCCGUCGGCCAUGGCGAUCUCGUCUUUUCGGUAUGGACCAUUUCCCUGCCCGUGGUCGUGAUCGUGCACGGCAACCAGGAGCCACAGUCGUGGGCCACCAUCACCUGGGACAAUGCGUUCGCGGACAUCAACCGGAUUCCGUUCCAGGUGCCGGACAAGGUGAUCUGGAACCAGCUGGCCGAGGCGCUCAACAUGAAGUUCCGCGCGUCGACCGGACGGUCGCUCACGGCCGAGAAUAUGCACUUCCUGUGCGAGAAGGCGUUCAAAACGAACCUGCCGUUCCCGGUGCCGAACGAUCUGACCAUCAUGUGGUCGCAGUUCUGCAAGGAGCCGAUCCCGGACCGCUCGUUCACGUUCUGGGACUGGUUCUACGCGGCGAUGAAGGUGACGCGCGAGCAUCUGCGCGGCCCGUGGAUGGACGGCAGCAUUAUCGGCUUCAUACACAAGUCCAAGGCCGAGGACUAUCUGCUCAAGUGCCCGCGCGGUACCUUUCUGUUGCGCUUCUCCGACAGCGAGCUCGGUGGCAUUACCAUCGCCUGGGUGAACGAGGGCAACGAUGGGCAGCCCCAGAUACUGCACAUUCAGCCGUUCACGGCCAAAGACUUCUCCACCCGGUCGCUGUCCGACCGCAUCCGCGACUUUGACGAUCUCUUCUACCUGUACCCGAACAAGCCGAAGCACGAAGCGUUCGACCGGUACACGACGCCGGCCGGGCCGCCGCGCAACAAAAACUACAUCGCGUCCGAGGUGCGGGCGGUACUGAUGCCCGGCCCGACCAACAACCAGAUGAACAGCUUCCCGAACACCCCGUCCUACAACAUCCAGUCGCCGGAUGCGUCCCGCGAUACGCCCUCGACCGGAUAUUCGGUGAGUGGACGAGCGAGCAACGCCUCGGCGUCCUGCGUCCUGCAGCACCGGUACGUGUCGAGCUUCGAGCCGUACGUGCAGUCGGACGGCUUCGCGCAGUCCGUGCUGGCGGCCGGGACCGGGGCGACACUGUCCGGUUUGGUGCGGCCCCCGCCCGCCCUGAGCGUGCUGUCGACGAGCAGCAACUGUAGCAACAGCACCACCACCACCGCCGGCGGCAGCCACUACCAGCAGCACCAAGGGCUGAUGGAGCAGCAGCACCAGCACCAGCACCAUCUUCACAAUCAUAUUUCGAACCACCACAGUCCUGCACCGGGCAGUCAGAACCAUGCGCAUCUGCCACAGCAGCAGUUUGACGACGCGACGACGUCGCUCAGUGAGUGUGGCGGCCACGAUGGCACUGCCGAGCUACGGUCGCUACCGUCCAUGCCGGGCGCCUUCUCCUUUACCGGCCGACCCUUCGCAGACAGCGGGAACAGCAGCGAGCGACCGAAUCUGCCAGUAGAGCACCAGCCGAAAGGACCGAACGUUCAACUGCCUCAACUGUCCGCGGGUCAUACAGACAGUACGGUGGCGGCCUCCAUCACCACCACCAUCAGCAGCAGCAGUAGUAGCCGAAGAGUGGACAGUGGAGGUGACGGUAUCUCCUGUGCAUCCUCCCGCACGACCUCGCUCUCGUCCGCCUCGACCGCGGUGGAGCAGCAGUUGUCCGGUUUGGAGGAUCUCAGCAGCUGGCUCGAUUUGAACAACAACACCAGCUGGUCAUGAGCGGGAACGAAACGAAUCGUGGGGGGGGGGGGAUGGAUGGUGGGUCGGUGUUCGUAGGGGACGGAUGAGAUCGUAAGGAGGCUGUGUGUGCGGUACGGGCGGGAUGAAAGAACGAUAGCUGCGUCUCUCUCGUCCUCCGUGCGCUUUGUGAUGUGCAAGUUUGCCCCUUCAUUCUUUCUCUCUCUCCUUCUCUCGGUCACACGCACACGUUUACACCCUCCUCAACCCCCCCAAUCGUUCGCCUACCUCCUUCUCGGUAUCUCGGUAUUUCUCUCUAACGAACCGUUUCGACUGCGGAGCACGGGAAGAAGCUUCCGCGAGUGCGCGAAUGAGAGAGAGAGAGAGCGAGGUGUGUUAGGUUAGGUCCUCGGACUUCGGAGGCCUCGUCUUUGCUUUUGGUCGCUUGGAAGGCGCGGAAACUGUUGCACGUUAACCCUGCUUACUCGAGUUAAGUUUGUUUCGAAAUAAAUUCCACGUCGGUUUUGCCCCGAGCGCGCGCCGGUUUCUUUUGUUUUGCCCCGUGCCGAACAUAGCCUAAUGGGUGACGUCAUGAUGAACGUGCGCUGGGAUUUGUGGAGAGCACACUGCGGGAUGGAACGAGGAGCGCAGAACUUAAGCAACGCACACACGCACACACACAUACACACAGGCACAGGGAGGGGACAGUGCCGUUGCUCUAGAUUGAUUGUCCGAUUGAUUGGUUAGGGACUCCGCUAACCUUGCGGGAGCUCUGGAGGAGCUCGCAAAGCUCCUAUGGAGCAGUUUCCAGAAGAGUUGGCGGAUGCAAGCCCCUAUUGUUGUAUCGUUGGAUCGUUGCUGUGUUUCACCUACGUGUUGUAAACUCCGCCCUGCAACGCCCAUCGGGCUCACAAUGUUACUAACAUAGUCUAAUGAAUAAUGGGUCGCCGGUGAAAAAGUGUGUGCCGGAGGGGUCAGUGAUAGAACUAGGUCCUCACUCAACUGCGCUUGUACAUGAAAAAACCCGUGAAAAUCGGCUAACAUAUAGACGAUCAGUAUCCAGUAUCAAAGUAGUAAGCGGCAGCAGCUCUGUGCCUGUCGUCCUAACUGUCAAUGCUCUUUCGAGGUGCGCUCCAGGUGUUUUUAGCAAACAAGCAAGAUACAAAGACAUAGCCUAACCAUAACUUGCUCCACUCCUUGCCCGGGGGGAACUACUCUGUAUUAGCGUUAUAGGGUAACUCGUGCUGUAACGCGUUACAGCGUUACAGCGUUAGCGGAAGAUAGUGCUAGUAUUGCGUUGCUGUUGAUGGAUGUUGUUGUUGUUGUUGUUCUUUUUUCUCGCUCUCUUCGUUACUCUUAGUCUAUAGGCAAACCGAAUUUAUGAUAGUCCCACCGCCCCACCCGCCCGCACCACAUGUGCAGGCGAAGGCGCGGACGCUCAGAAGAGUAUUCUAGUCAUACACACAAUCCACACUGACAUAUGCACAAAGCAAACAUUUCAACCGAACAAGGGGAAAUCGUUUGUCCAACGCUGGUUCUGAAGGGAAAUAACAAAAAAAAGUUGUCAUGUAAGAUACCACUAUUACUACUACUACGAACUACUACCAUUAGCUAGUCGGUGAUGCACCACUUAUAGGUUCACACAUACUUCUACUAUCUGUAAAUUGUGUCUGUAGGGGGGCGAGUUUGUGCAACCGUUCUUCCCAAGGGGCUUGUAGCACAUAGCAACACACACUCACACACAAAAACACUGUAUGUUUUAAAUGUAUCAAAGGUCUGUUGCGCCUAUACUGUCGGUUGGGCUGUAAACCAAGACAGGAAGCAACACAAAAUGGGAAGAUAAAACAAAGAAGAAGAGGAAGAAGAAGACAUCCAUACCUUACUCUAAACCAUACGCCUUACCCCCCAUCACAACACACCCCCGACGGCGUCGUCUCCCUAACUGUGCUAGCCGUAUAUAAUAUGUGUCCCGCAUCCCGGAGGGAGUUAGAGGAGGCAUAUGAUAGGAAGAUGAUGAUGAUGAAGAAGAAGAAGAAAAAAAGAACAAAAACCUAAUUGUGAUGUUUAUAUCAAACACAGAUGUGAGAGCUUUCGUCCUUCAACGUACCUUAUUGUGGCAGAAGUUUGCACAUGACUGUUAUUCGAAUUUAACCAUAAGUGUCCCAUCACACGUGCGCGCCAGUACACGCCACACACUGCACUCUGACAAAGCAGAAGCAACAAACAACCCCAUUCAUCAUAAACACACGCACACACACGCGCACACACACACACACACACACACACACACACACACACACACACACACACACAAAUACGGUAUGAAGUGUACCUUUUAAACAAAACAAAACUAUAGUAAAUGAUUCAUGUGUUGGUUAGUUUGUGCGCACACGUUUGAACAGAUAUGUUCAAAAAAACUUGCAAGCAAAGCGACACACUAGGUGCAAUAGUUUUAAGAGAGAGAUAGUGUAGAGCUAAUAUGGAUCCUGGAUCCUUGAUUUCGUGUUUUCGAGGUAUCAAUUAAGCGGCCCUCGAGUAGAUAAUGCAAAUAUACACAAACAAGCAUGUGUGGGGAGAGAAUUUUAAAGUAGCCGAUAACACACACACUCACACGCACAAAACGAACGUUUUAGUAGUAGCACACGCUAGCUUCCUUUGCUUUCUACCGAAAGCGGCUACGCUGCCGGUGAACGUAUGUGAGCGUCGGUGUAGUGUAACCUUUGCGGGCAGAGAAGUAUUUGUCUAUCCUUGUAGAAUGUGUACGGUAAACAAACACAAAAUAACACACGCUCAUACACGUACAACUGUUCUCACUAACACAGCCGCUCGUACUAACACACACACCCCCACACAAUCAACGCGUAAGCACAGUUUGUAAGUAUUCAGUUGCUACCUUCCCUUUAGUUAGGCUCUGAUGCGCCAGGAGCGGGUUCGUCUCCUGCGUUGUUCGGGCGCCGUCAAUCCCCGUUACGUUUUCAUGUCCUUGUUUUGAUUUAGUCUCUCUGCUCCUACCCUUGCUCGGGUCACCUCCAUUACCAUUUUCUUUCGUUUCGGCACGCUCUUGCUCUCUUUAACACACAAUCCCACCCACACCCACCGCUACAUUGUCUGAUGGAGAUAUUAUGUUUUAAUGUGAUUAUUUUGUAUCUUUCCUCUUUUUUCUCUCUUAUGUGUGUCUUGUAUGACAAAACAACAACCAAAACUCAAACCGACCGAUUUGUGGCCGAUCUCCCCACUCCCCCCAAACCAACAAACCAACACUCGAACAACACGAACAACUACAAACACAACACGACAAUAUGAUAUGCGGAACGUUGUAUGGCACACGUGCCAACCAAAAUGGUGUAUAACCCACGUGAACCACACCCCUGCAGCUACGGUCAGACAAACUACGGUCAGGUGCCCGAUUUCGAGCUCGAGAACAUUGGCAUGUUUUCAUCGCAGUACCACUAAAGCCAGCGCUGGCCAACCGAUGCACGAUGCCGCAAUCGUAGUACAGUCGAGAUAUAGUAAACGCGCCACACGUACCUCCCUCCCGGGGUGUGUGUUGAUGCUCGAGACCGCUGGACCACUCUGGACCCUGAAUCUCUGGACCAUCCGGCUACUACUUCGGCUAAAGCAAGUUUGACGACACGGUGGACACGGGAAUGUAGGUGUCUCUGGGUUGGGGGUGCUCACCGGGAUGCAAAGAAGGAGUGUAGUAGGCCGCCUGUGUAAGCGACGAACCCGGCGCGGCACAUGAUGUGGCUUGCUUGUACAUUUAAGCCAACACACCUGUAGCUUAAGGAGCAGCGUGUUACGAUUUACACUAUAUGUAGUAGUGCUAUGUCUGUUAGGAUAGAUGGGGUGGGAAUUUUUGGUCCGUAAAACAAACACACGCACUCACACAGCUUGCAGCCAAACACACACGUCAGCUCUAUGCUUUCCGGCUUCAUCUCCGUGCAGGAUAGAUGCGCGCGCGUACGUUAAUCGUGGCUUCCCUGUCCGGCGCGCCAACCUGUUCUGCUCGAACCGGCGAUACGAACUUCUUACGUCGAAUCAGCCUUUUUAUGUACGUUCUUGCUGCCCAAGGAGUGGUGCAAUGUUUCAAGUAAUCCCGUGCAAGCAGUUCCCAGUCGUGCUAGCGCAUUUCGAAACCUUUCGCCUUCUUGUCAGGAGCAGUCACAGCCACAGUCAGUAUUAGCUUUGUGCAAUGUUUUUUCCUGUUUCAAAUUGAUUUGUUCCGUUUUACUGUGCGUCCAUUGCCAUAGCUGUUUUGAAUUUUUGUAACGUUUCUUUUUAAAUCCAAAAGUAAUUGCUAAACGUAAGCUUGUUUUACGUGUGCCUAUAAAAUAUGACAAGCUUCGAUAAAAAAAGGCCAAAGUGACAGCGUUUCUAUUGAAAUUUCUUCAAUCCAACAUGUGCUCGAGCUGAAAUUGAAAACUCUAAAAGCUUCAAAUACUGUGCCAUACAAAAUGCUUUCGGAUGCCUUUUUUUUUGGUGAGACAAACCAUCCAAACCUGUUCUACAACAUUUCGAGCUUCUCAACUCCAGCACGGUGGCCGGGUAGAGAGGAACACGAUCAUCGGAUGUUUGCAGAAUCUAUUCCAACACGGUGACACUUCCGGCAAGACGAAGACUACGAAUUUUAAUGCUAACCAAUGUAUGGCUCUUGUAUUUUGCGCGUGUUUGUGUGUAUGUAUGUGCGUGCGUGCGUGUGCGCAAUUAUACGUAUAGUAUAGGUGUAGUUUAGGAGAGUUCAAGGGAGUCAAUAAUGUCUAGCCGUUACGAAACGAACUUCCCGUUUAUAAUACUAGUAAUACCACUGCUAAGGUUAUGCGAUCCUUGCUACCUACUAAAUGAUGUUUACGCGUACGUUUAUUAUGUAUUUGUGGGUGUCCGUGUAUGUUUUUCAUGUGUUCCCCCGAUGCAACCUUACGCAUACAGUACGCCUAAUGCUAUGCAAUUAUAAAGUGCAAAACAAUGUGCGGGGGAGUAAGAGGGCAGUGCCAGACGUCAGAGCGCUGCGACAUACUAGGUGUGUGUGUAUGUACAUAAAUUCUUCAACGAGAAACAAGAAAACUUAAAUACAAUAACACCUAGCAAGAAAAAAAACAGGAAAUCAAGCCAAUAUUAUGAUGCAUUCAGUAUAUGAUUGUUCUGCACAGAGGUGUGCUGCAAGUAGAUUAAAGUUUAAAAAAAAAAAUACUAUUCAACACACUAACAACACAGGAAUCGUAGGAAUGUACAGUAGAGAAGGGAGGGGCGUUAGUGCAAGGUCGAGCGACCCGUUUCAAUAAUCGACUGGAGGAGAUGCCCACAGAAAUGAUCGGUUUCACCAAAAUUUUAAACAAAAAACAAACAAACACAAAACUAGAGGCAACGAAAUGUAGAACGUCAACCGUUAUUGAUAGAUGAACCACAGGAGGGUGGAGAAAAAACGUAUGUGGCAAAUUUGGGGAUAGGAUGAUUGCUUUGAUUCUUAUUUACACUUGUCUAUUUACGUUCCGGCGCGCCCCGUAUUCGGAAUAUCGGUACCGCCGGAUACACCCAAUACCCACACCAACACACAUACAUACUGGAGGAGGUUUAAUGAGAAAAGCUAAACAAAUUUGAAAUUUAUAAAAAAAAAUUAUACGAAACAAGAGGAAAAAAGGAAUGGAAUUGAGUGCACAUGUUUCUCAUACAAACUAACCUUGUUGUCAAAACUAGAAUACUAUGAUGUGUGUGUGUGUGUGUGUAAGUUGGUGGAGUGAAGCAAAGGCAUUUAAAAACCCGAAUCCGAACAACCCCCAGCAUGCUGCAAUGGAGGAGGUGAACGAACGCGUGGCAAGCAACUGCAAUGGUCCAAUCGAAAUGUGCAAAUUAUAUACCGACAUAGUCCAUCCGGCGCCGUUGUGCGUGUAACGUCACUGUGCACGGAAGUGCUAGGGCAUAGUUAGUAGAUGCAACUUUACUGACGGAGAGCAAAGUAGUAUGUAUUACAAAAAGAUACACAUACACACACGCGCAUACGCAGAGAAAAAACAACGAAUAUUAGGAGAGAAAGAGAGAAAGUAGAAAUAGUAAUAGCAAAGAAGUAGCAUAAGAAUAAUAAGAAGAAAAUACACACACACACAUACACCCAUACAUACACAUAGCGUAAACGAUUUGGCGAGAUUCCCCUGCUGCGUGUAUUUGUGUGUGUGUGUGUACCCGUUGAUGCAGCGGCAUGUUUCGGGUUGCUUUAUACAUGUGUGUGUGUGUGUGUGUACCUCUAGCCCCCCGCUUCCCCGUGCGGAGGUCCCUUGUGCAAUGGUGUUUCCCCCUACUGUUAAGUGAACAAUCUUCUGAAGAUGCACAUGCACACAUUCAUACACACGCACACACACACACGCAAAGGUGCGGAGGGAGGAGGGGAAGGGAAAGAGAUAUCGUGAACUGAUCUCUCCGUUUAGCGAGCUAAACAAUAUUAGAUUUAGUUAUGGCCGGCACCAGCAACAACAAAAAAAGGGAAACAACAGCAAAGAAUUCUAUUAUAAGAAAGGGAUGGAGCAAAAGUAAAAUUUUCCAUAGCCCUCUCUCUCACUCUCUUACAAAAAUUAAAACAAAAAGGCGUGUGCGCGUGUGGGUGCAUAAGAGAUGCAUAAAAUGGAAUAAGUUAUGUAUCGUCCAAAGAAUUGACAGGCUAUCGGAAGAGCAAGCGAGAGAGAAAGCGAUAAAGAAAGGAGUAUAAGCAACGAACCCCAAACAGCUGUUUCGCGGCUUAAAAAAAGCAGCAACACUAUACUACCCUUAAAAAUGGACGAUGAUAGAUCCGAGUCCCCCCCCCCUCCCCUCCCUCCCACAGAUUACACAGACGCUACAAAGGAAAACCGGCCCUACAAAACAAGCACUACGCAAACCUUGAACGCGAGCCUACAGUAAGCAGACCAGAUAUAUUAGAAAUUCUAUAACGUUCGCAUGCUAAACCACACGCAUACGCAUACAUUGAUUUAUAUAGCACAUUGAAACACUUUAAUAGAAACGACAUAAGUUUAUUGUGCGCGCGCUAGUCAAUGCCGCCAGAGGAGAGGAGGACCAUGAACAGCAUGCCGCGGGCAGCCAGCAGCCCCCUUCGAUGCGGUUUUGUUUGUAGUUUGCAGCAACGAAUACAGAACUACUGCAGUUAGCGGUGGUUAGUAGGGGUCAGUAAACAAACGAAACAAAAGGAAAAUGUAACAAUGAAAACAAUUAACGCGAACGAGCUUUUGCUAUCUACACACAAACACAUACACACACCGGUAUGAUGUUAUUGCAGUGUGAGUUGUGUGCGGCGGCGGGGGACCCUUUUGCGGGGCUUAUUCAGAUUGCCUAUUGCUUAGUUAGUGUUUCCUUUUUAUAUUGCUUAUUACUAAGCCACUGUUAAGGUGCAUUUAUUGAACGUUAGAUUGAGAAGAGUUUUAUAUAUCAAAUGUUGUUGCUGUUUUAGUUAGGGUUUGUGCACGAAAGCGGAACGGUUUUUGGUUUCAAACUAAAAGCUAACGGCUCUAUGGUUAGUAAAACGGGCCGGGCUGCAUGUCAAGGCAGGAACUACAGGGUGUUUUGCUAAUACACGUUUUGCAUAUGUGUUAGGUAAAAUGUUAUACUUUACAACCGUACGAUCAAUUGCGCUUCAUCAAUGUGUCCCACUGGCUUACCUCGAUGAGAGAGAGAGGGGAAGAGGAAGGGUGCCCAAACAAAAAAAAAAAAAACAAGAUUGUCAUAGCACAAAUAAUGUAAUCUUCACAAAGCUUAGCCCCUUCUUCGCGCACCAACCAGAAGAUACACACUGCUGCAUACAGGAGAGACAGCCGGAUGAACUGCGGAGCGAGCAAGACAAACAACAUUGGGUGCUCCACAUUGUUGAUCUCUGUCCCAA